AUGGCAUUCUAUGUUGAAGUGGCAGCUCACAUACAACAAUUAUACCUGUCACAAGAUGCAAAUGAAAUUAAACAUCUACAACAUCAAUUGCAACAAGUCCAAAAGAGUCCAGAAGCCCAUAUACUAGCCAAACACCUAUUAACCAGUCCUAUUCCAUCAGUUCGUUAUUUUGGUGCUCUAACCUAUACUGUCUACAUUAACCAAUACCGAGGGCUAGGAUGGGACCAUUUCCGUCCCUUAGUCACAGAUAUGCAAUUGUUUAUUUGGGAACAACUAAGAACUGGUACUUCUAAUUGGAAUGUAAUCAAGAAGCUAUUGAGUGGUUUAUCUUUGCUUUACAUUCAAUUCUACAAAAGUGGCUAUGAAACUCCGGUUGAAUCAUUAAUGGCUGGUGGUAGUGGUCAAAUUGUAACCUGGGAUCAAUUCAAUUCAGAGUCAAAAGAUGUAUGGCAAUUGUUAUUUACUUUUUUACAAAUACUAGUGGAGGAGAUCAUUAGAGCAGAACCAGACUCUAAGAUUCAUGAGUACGUUCAAAACCAUAUUUAUAGUGUGUUGAAUGGACUCUUUGGACAACAAUUACAAUGUCAUUCAAUUGACUUACAAUUGACAAAUUUAGAAUGUCUAAACUCGUGGAUCCCGUAUUUCACCUUUGCAGAAUCAAAUUCCAAUGUCCGAUACCCAGAUCUCAAUUUAAUACUUGAUUAUUGUCUUCAAGAGUCCAGUAGUUUGGAUUUAGAUAAGUUGCAGGUUUCUGUCAAAGCAAUGGCCAAUUUAACAGAAAUAUUAGAGGGUAACCGUGCAGUUAUAUCUGAACCAUAUAGAAAUACGCUUGCACAUAAUCUUUUUGAAGGAUUUGGGAUUGAUUUUAUUAAACAGAUUAUUCUUUCUGAUGAUAAACAGGAUUACGAAGAAGAAAUUACGGCGUUUGUCAGUCUUGUUAUGGCAUAUUUGGAUUUGGAUAUUUUGAAAUUAGCAAGAGAUUUUCUAUCCCCACAAAACCAAGUUAUACUUAAUAUUUUAUUGGAGCUUGUGAAAAUUGAUUUGGGUUACAAUGAUAGAGUAAGUGACCAAUUAUUGAAAUUCUGGGAAGAUUUGGCAAACGUAUUCUUUGGUGAUGAUGAAGUACUAAGGAAUUAUCAUAAAGUGAAUUAUUCUGGAUUUGUCCGUGAACGAAAUAACCUUUUUGCAAAACUUACAACCAUUUAUUGGUCAAAAUCAGUGAUUAAACCACAACUAUAUGAAGAAUAUAAAACAGAAAUCCAUGAUUUCCGAAGACAAGUCGCUGAUUUCUUUAUUGUGGCAUAUGAACUUUUAGGCAUGGAGCUUUAUCAUAUUCUUUCAAACAGUGUGCUUAAUAGCUUAAUAGGAUUGAAUACGUUGGCGGAAAAUGAACAAGAAGAAGAAAACAUAUGGAAAUUGGAAGGUUCCUUAUGGCUUCUUUAUAUGAUAACAGAUGAUUUAACCUUUUAUGAAACAGGUGUAUCUAAAGGUUUACAAGAUGACAUUAUAAACCUAUUAAACAAUGGACUUAUUCAAACGGUUUAUAAGCUUAGGUUUUCAAGCAGAAAUUUGAAUCCUAUUAUCUUUUCGACCCUUUUAAAGUUCACGUCUUCAAUAUCAUUCGUCUACUUAUUGCCUGAUGCCAGUUAUCAUCUUCAAUCGAUAUUGGAGAUGCUUUUUGGAUUUAGUUUGGAAAAGGGACUUGAUUUAUCUUUAAUAGCUUCUAAGACUUUACUAACAAUAUGUCUGAGCUCAAGAUCAAUAUUAAUUCCAUAUCUUGGUGACUUUGAAACUUCUACGUUCCAAAUUAUUGAUGAUACAACUAUGGAUCCACUAAUUGUCCAGAGAAUGGUGAAUGCCUAUAUUUCAAUUGCAUUGGCAGUCAAAGAUCCUUCAAGAUUUGGAAUGAUAAUUUUGAACUUGCUUCAGAAAAUUGAAAGUGCAUUCAAAGUUCCCCCUGAAAACUUUACUAGUGAAGAAUUGUAUUAUGAAUAUCAUUCAUUGAUGCCAUCCUUGGUAUUUCAAAUGGCUAAGGCUUCAAACUUACCUGGAGAACCUCAUGAUUUCUAUACAAAAGAUCAGAUUGUUGUAGUGGAUACUUAUUGGCAGACAGAUAUCUUACAAAUCAAAUCAUUUAUCUUACAUUUAGUAGGACAGUUCUCUCUUGUGGAUCAAAAACUUGCCUAUGAUGCCUCAAUCACUGAAAAAUGCUGUCAAAUACUUAAAAGCGGAUUAAAUGAAGUGGUAGAUGGUCCUUGUAAGUUCCCAAUAUCAUAUUGUGCUGAUUACUUAUCUACAAAAAUUGAGUCCUGUGAUCAAAACUCUCUACCUUAUUUAUAUGAACUUGUUCAAGCCAUUGUGGAUAGCAAUUACAAGGCCUUGACGUCUUCAGAAUUGGAAUUGGUUCUCAAUAAAGUAUUCCUAGAGAAGUCGACUCAAUUAAUGAGUGACUCCGACUCUAUACAAACAGUGGUGGAAUUAUUUGCAUCAAUAUUGGAGAGGAAACCUUCCCUUGUAAUUCAUUUGUAUAUGAUGUCAAUUGUUUUAGCUGAUUUUGCCUUACCAUCAAUUACUGCUAAUGAAACUCUCACCUUAAGAAGUGGGAUGAAAUUCUGGAAUGCCAUGAUAACUUUAAGACGAGGCUCUCAACAAGAUCAACAAAGAGCAAGAGAAAUGAUCACAGAAAUCGGACCCUCUCUUACCAAAAAUCUAAUGACAGGCUUUAUUGGUACUACCAGAUCAAACUUAGAAAUCUUUUAUCCUGUCUUCAGAAACUUGAUAGCAAAGUAUCAACUUCAGAUGAAAGAAUGGCUACAGGAUGUGUUGAUACAAUUAAAGAAGUUUGAUCAGACUAAAAUUGAUACCUUCAUUAAAAGGCUUUUGUUAACCAGAGGUCAACAUGCUUGUAACCAAAUACUUAAAGAGUUUUGGCUUGAAACUAAUGGGUUGGUUGACUACAGUUCAAGAUAA